AUGAUUAUUUUGCUCUUCAAUCAAGCACCUGAAAUAAUAGAAGCAAUUAUUUUCUUGAAAUUGCCAAUUCAUUUUCAGGGCUCAGUCGAUUUAACACCAGUUACAGUACCACAAUAUUUAGCUAUUUAUUAUGGAUGGCCAUCUUUAGUUGAAAACAGUCUAGGUGAUGUGACAGCAGCUAGUAAUUGGUUUGCACAAUUUGAUUUAAUCGUUCUUGGUGAUGGAAUCUGGAAGACUACACACGGUGAUCAUUCGAAAACACAAACUAUUAUUACAAAUUUGAUUGCUCGUAAUAAAAAAGUAUUCGGAUAUGUUGAUCUAGGCGUUUCAACACAAAACUUAAGUGUACUACAAAUGCAAACAGCUGUCGAUGGUUGGUCAGUUAUGGGUGCUAAUGGUAUAUUUUGGGAUGAUGCUGGUUUUGAUUAUGGUGUGACACGACAACGUCAAUCGAGUAUGAUUCAAUAUUGUCAUUCAAAAAAUAUGAAUGUUAUUAUGAAUGCAUGGAAUCCUGAUGAUGUAUUUGAUGGAUCUAAUGUUCAACUUAAUUCAAAUGAUAUUUAUUUACUUGAAUCUUAUUUAGUCUCUAAUGGAACAUAUCUUUCAUUACCAGCUUGGAAAGAAAAAGCUGAUAAAUGUGCUAAUUAUAAAAAUCAUUCAGGUGUUAAAAUGGCAUGUUUAUCAACACCAACUACACAUGAUCAAUUUCUACAAGCAUGGUUUGGUACAGCUAUGUAUAAUUUUGAUUAUUUUCAAGCAACAGAUAUAACAUAUAGUGCUAGUAAUAAUAGACUAGCAUUUACGGUCAAUCCAAGUUCGUCUUAUGGAAGUAAUUGGCAAAAUGAUACAAUAACAUCGAAUGCAGCUAAUACGUAUUUUUCACGUUCAACAGAAUCGUGGACAUUGAGUAUAUCUGGUGAUGGAGCAUCAUGGGGUUAUGGUACAUUUACUAGUAUCUGA